AUGAAUUCCAUUUUGAGAACAGUAACAACAUCGUUAAUACCAAGAACAGUUUCUGUCUCAAAAUUCAUGGAUUCUUCUUCCCCCGCCACCAUUGGAGGAUCUCAGAGGCUUCUAGCUUUGGCACAGCACCUUCGCCUCUAUAAGCCACCACCUUUCCCCGAAGAUAUUUUCGAACAGAGCAUUGAAGAUAAUGGUAGCAGCAAAGUUGUAUCUCAAUUGGGUUUUCCUGAAUCAGCCACCACAAUUCAACACCCGGAGAAAUUCAAACCUAAGAAAGCUGCUGUUUUGAUUUGUCUCUUUGAAGGUGAUCAUGGGGAUCUAAGGGUUAUUCUCACUAAACGCUCUUCCAAGCUUUCUUCUCAUUCGGGUGAAGUGUCUUUGCCGGGUGGGAAAGCGGAUGAAGGCGAUAAGGAUGAUGCGGAUACUGCGAAAAGAGAGGCAAAGGAGGAAAUUGGGUUGGAUCCUGAACUUGUUAAUGUUGUUACUGUUCUUGAACCAUUCUUGUCUAAGCACCUUCUAAGAGUGGUUCCUGUAAUCGGCAUACUUCAUGAUAAAAAAGCGUUCAGACCUGUUCUGAAUCCUGCAGAAGUGGAAUCGGUAUUCGACGCGCCUUUAGAAAUGUUUCUCAAGGAUGAAAAUCGGAGUCAAGAGGAGAGAGAGUGGAUGGGAGAGAAGUAUUUGAUACAUUUUUUUGAUUAUGACGACAUUGAGCAUAAAAAAUAUCUCAUAUGGGGAUUGACCGCCGGGAUUUUGAUUAGGGCUGCAUCAGUUGUGUACCAACGGCCACCUGCUUUCGUCGAGCAGAAUCCCAAAUUCAAGCUUCCACAGGUUGUAAGCAAGGACAGUUCAAUGACUUGA